CGCCUAACAUCAGGAAAUCCAUUGUACCUAAUGAGUGGUUGAGUUAACGAAGUAAACAAAAGUAGUAGUGAAACUAGCUAACGUUAGCUCAUUAUGUUUGCUAACUAUGUUAGAAACUUUGAUAACGUGUUUCCUGCACUCAAACCAAACUAAAUUAACGUAACGUUAUUUCACGAAACUCAACUGGCAUCGCUGCAAUUAAGUUUGUGGUUAGCCAGUGACGGUAAUGCUGUCACAGGUUGCUAGGUUAGCUAAAGUUAAGUUUAAGCUAAGUUUUUUAGGUUAACAGACCCUAAUAUUGUCACGUCCAUCCAGAUGGAGGCUUCUUUGGGAUCUCUGCAGAAUCCUGACCUCAGCUCUGUCCUGUCAUCAUGUGAGCCAGAGCUUCAGGAGCUGAUGAGACAGAUUGACAUCAUGAUCAGUCAUCAGAAGAGGGAGUGGGAGGCUCAGAUUCAGGCUAUGGAGCUCAGGAUGAAGAGUGGGGAAGAGGAGCUGUUGGCCUCCAGGAAUCUCAUUGAACGGAGGGACCUGGAGGUCGGAUUGCUCUGCAAGCAGCUUGAAGAAGUCCAGUCUGGUCGACAAGAGUUAGUCACCAAGUACGAGCAGCAACUGCAGAAAGUCCGGGAAGAGUUGGAUAAAUUAAAGAGGAGUUAUCACAAGCUUCAGCGCAAACACCUCAAAGAGACCAGUGGAGGAGCGAAUCCUAAAGAGGCAGACCGAUCAGAGGUGACACGACUCAAUGAAAAGAUCGAGGAAUAUCACCAUCACUCUGCAAAGUGGGAACAGCAGCGCAUCCACUACCAAAAACAACUGACGGCACUGGAGGCCCAAAACAAGAGCCUGACUGAUGAGCUCACACACAUGAAGGCUCAGUUGGCGUCGUGGCAAAAGGAGAGGGAGCACAGGGAGUGCUGUGUACAGGUGCAGCAUCUGCGUGCUCAGCUGGAGAAGGCUCAGGGCAGCAUGCACUCACAGGAGCUUGAACUGGAACGCCUCCGACCGCUUGAGAUGUGGCUGGGACAGUACCAGAGGGAGAAGCAGGUCCUCUCAGAGGAAAGAGAGGAGCUCCACGCCACACUGGACUCUCAGGAUACAUUUGUGCGAAGAGCCAGCCUCGAACGCCAAAGACUUCGUAAUGAAGCUGCCAGACUCAACCAGGCACUGCAAGCUAAAGAUCAAGUCAUUCGCUCUAUGGAGGACUGUCUGGCAGCUCAGGGCUGUGCUGGUGUGGAAACUCUCAGACAAGAUUUGGAGAAAACUGCGACCAAGCUUCACUGCGCCCAAUCAUGUGAGGCUCAUCUCAAGGCUGAACUAGCUGAGAUGAGAAAGCUCAGAGAAGAGCUUCAAAGGGCCAAGCAGACCCACAGUGGUGAGGUGGAGGGAAUGAGGACGGAGGUGUCGAAGCUGACCGCUGAGCUGCACCAACGUGACGUCACCAUCGCCGCACUGAAAGGCUCCUCGUCCAGCAUCAAGCAGCAGCACCGUGGUGAUGUAGAGCGAGCAGAGCAGAAGGUGGCGAAGCUGAAAGUGACUCAGGCUCAGCUGGAGACUCUACAAACUGAGAACCAGCAUCUGAAGGCUCUGCUGCACAGGCUGGAGUCUCAAUCACCAAAGGUUUGUCUGCGGCCUUUGACACAGUCGUUAUGUAGUCAUUACACAUUUUACAGACAGGAUUCUUUUCCUAAUUUGCAGGAGACCACCACCCGCUACGAAGGGCAGAUCCACAGCCUCUUCAAACAGCUGCACACCCUGUCCCAUUCCUCUGGAGAGCACCCCUGUAGCCGGGCCCAAGACGGCAGGCCUGACUCAGCAGCAUCCUCCUCCUCCUCCUCCUCCUCCUCUAGUAGCACAAGACUCACCAGGAGAAACUCAGUGCCAAAGCUGAGUUCAAAUGACUCUCCUGCUGAGGGGCAAAGCUCCGGCUCUGAAGCCUCUCUGGCCUCGGCAUCUGCAGAAAGAAUCACACCCUCUUCCUCUCCUUCUUCAGUGGAGCCUCCAUCAGUGUCUCCCACAAACCGAACAGUCUCUCGUUUCCUAGAGGAAGAAAACUUUCGGAUGAAAGAGCUGCUCCAGAAACUGGACACCCACAUCCACGGUAUGAGCGAGAACAACGCCAAGACAGUUUCCAAGUACCAGCCAAGUGGCUCAGGGCCCGAGUCUGCCCAGGCUGCAGCACAGAAUGGUUAGUGAUGGAGUAAGGUUGAAUAAAUCAGGAAAUAUAAAAGUGCCUCGAACAGCAGUGCCGAAGACUACAUCCUGUACUGAAUUAAACUGCACGCGGUGGAGAAUUUAUGGGGUAUUUGCUGUGAGCCUCACUCGACUGAACUUUAGAGACAUCUAUUCUUAUUGUAACACAGUUUGCACAGUUCUUUCUCAGAGCUUUGAGCUCUCCCAAGUGUUCAUAAGAACUGUCAAACGGAGCAAUUGUAAUUCAGAAAUUCCAGUGAGCUCUCAGGCUGCUCAGAGCUGUGGCCUCACACAGCCUGGCCUGCUCCGUCCCCACAGUGGAGGCCGUGUUGUAUGGGGUGACACAUAUGACACAGGAUUAGUCUUGUGCAGCUGUUUAGCUCAAAUUGUUGCCUGCAAUUUUUUCCUCAUUCUGUUUAUCAUGUAUUUAUUUUAUCUGUGCGGCGGCAGAAGUUGAAACCAAGUGUUUCGGCUUUUCUGUGUUUUCACUGAAGCUUAUCUUAAAGAACGAGCGCCAACAAAGGCUGACUGAUUAAACGCUUUGCAUGACAUCACGAGACCUGCAUUCAAACGCACCACAAAGAUGACAGCUGACAAGCAUCAUGUGCACAAUCUGUGCCUCCAGUAGUCUGUGUUUGCAAUCUGAAAGACAAACAAACUAGAAUACCAUUUCACGACACGAUGAAUCUGUUGAAAAGGUCUCAUUAUAUACUGGAAACGGGAAAGGAGAACAUGUCUGACCAAAAGUAAUCUCUAUAAACAGAUUUAUGCACCAGUCACAUUUGAAUGGCAAAUAAACAGUACCUGCGGAGAGGUGGAACACAGUUUCUGAAAUGCAGUCGUCUGGCGAUAAUUCAGCUUUAUGUUAGCUUUUUAUUAGCUUUUAUCUGCAUUAAUACACAGAUAACUUUUCAUGGAGAUAAGUCAAAACGACUGGCGCACAGAAGAGGACGUCUUGGCCUAGGAAUCAAAUGGCCACACCAAAUCUCCUGAUAUAUUUGCCCUGACAGCUCAUUAAUCGUUGGGUCUCUAAAAAAUAUCAGAAAACAUUUAAAAAUGUCUGCUACAGUUUUAAAGAGCCCAAAGUGACAUAUGUAGAUGUCUUGUUUUGGCUGAUCAGUCGUCUAAAACCCAAGGCAGAUCAGUACACUUUAAUUUCACACAAGCAAAUGUUUAAAAUCUUUACAGCUGAGAAGCUGGAACUCUUAAUUUCAGCAUGUUUGCUUCUAAAGACCAUCCAAAUAGUUUGAUUUCCUGAUGCUGUGCUAAUCAAAUAAUCGUUACAGCUGUGGUCAGCUUGUAAUCUUGUGGAAAAGGACCAAAAAGUAGAGACGCUGAAAGAGAAGAAAACUGCACUUAAUGUGUGAAUUUCGUUUCGGAGACUGACUCUAUCAGCAAUUCAGUGUCAAGGAUAUAACACCAAAACUAGAAGAUGUGAUGGUCAGCAACAGAAACUCAACAACAGCUCAACUGCGCUUGGCGUGUGAAGCUCUAACGUGUUGACAGCUCGUAAUGUCUUUAAAUUUUCAUUAGUUUUGCCAAAUUGUUUUAGGAAGUUGUUGCAAUAUCUGAAAUAGUUUAACUGUAGAGAAGCCAGAUGUUUGGGCCCUUUAACCCAAGACAUAUUAUAUAAUGCUGCAUUCCAUUCAAGCUUAGACGACAUCUGACCUCCGUGUGUUUCCUGCCGGGAAUAUGUCUGAUUGCCUGAACACUGAUAAUUUCUAUUUAAAGGCCCAGAUGCACGAAAUUGACUUCAGAGAACUAGUGACAACGAAGGCUGACUGUUAUGUCACCUAAUGUCACCUGUUUCUCACCCAAAUGUUGCAGUUAAACACAGUGCAAAGACGACAGUCAGUGGCCAACCAGCAUGUACGUUCUGAGCCUGUGAGAGGAAAUAACUCUCAAUACCAGCAGGCAACGGUGGUCUGUGUUUGUCAUUUAAAAAGGGAAGCCGGAAGACCAACAGGACGAACUGAAGACGCUGAUGUAACACACUGGUUUCCAUCUCACUCCUUCUUGACUGUUUGCUUUCCUCACUUUUGUUUAGCUUCUCAUGCACUGAGCUGAGCUGCCAGUCAGAGUCAUUUCAUUCGCCGCCACGGAUUCAGCAUGCUCAGCUGACUCAAAAGCCAUCGAUAAGGUGUGGCUAGUGCCAACAGUGCACAAGACACCGCAAAAACAAGGCAGCAGACGCUCACUGAAGGCCCAGCAUUGACCGACAGCCGACGUUUGGCUUGGUGUGUCAGGGCCUUGAACUGAUAUUAACAUUUUGUGAGUAGGACGUGUUGUCUCAGGCAGUAUAGGUGUUAUUAUCAGACCUUGGAGGAAACUGCUUCUGAUUAAUUUAAAUUGGCCUUAAAUUGUUGAGCAUUCAUAGCAUUUUCUGUCAUAUUCGUGUGAUCUCACAUAACAGACUUUCUGUCGCUGAAUUCCACCUGGAUUACUCGUUGGAACUCUGAUAUUAAGAGGAGUCGCUUUGCACUUCUCCUCAUACCGCGCUGCGUGUCCCAAUUUCUCAAGUUGCCUGGAAUGCAGCGUUAUUACUUUGCAUUUACAUCCAGAGAAAAGAAUGUUGCUGCGAGCCAAAGGAGUGUCCGUCCUCCCCGCACGUCUGUCAUAACUGGGAAAAUACCAGAUAUGUACAUGUCUGUCCAAGACUUCUCAGACAGUAGGGAGGGAGAGGAGGCAGCUUAUACUGUCGCUCUCCUCAUUUUCCCCAGUUGCUGGUGUCAAACCCCCCAGCACCGGCACCAGCACCACCACCACCCACCCUGCAGAGGCCCACUGGCUAGUCAAGUGCAGGAAUGUGAGCACCAUGCCAAUGCUGUCAUGAACCUUCCCCUGCGGCCUGCUUUGUCCUCAUCAUUAGAAAGCUGAUGGAAUGUUAAUAUCAACCAUGUGGGGCGCUCAACCUCACAAACACUCAAAGGCCGGGGGGGAUAGUUAUAUUUUACUGCUGCCCUAAUGAAGAACAUACCGAUCGAAUGGAAAUAAAGUGAAAAAAUGUGAAGAAAUAUGUGUUUGCUGUGUUUUUGCUGUCACACUGUUUCAACAACAACA